AUGCGGUGCUUAUGCCCGCCCCUCAAUGCCCCCUCCGCGGCCACCUAUGCCACCCUGCGCGAGAUCGAGGGUCGCCUGAAGUCGAUUCGCAACAUUGAGAAAAUCACCAAGACGAUGAAGAUCGUUGCGUCCACCAAGCUCACCCGCGCCCAGAGGGCCAUGACCGAGUCCCGCCAGUACGGCCAGACGUCCAACACCGUGUUCGAGCAGGCCGAAACCAAGCCGCUGGAGGGCGAGGGCAAGAAGACGUUGAUCGUGGUCUGCAGCUCCGACAAGGGUCUUUGCGGUGGUAUCCACUCUGGCAUGUCCAGGGCGACCAGGAAGCUCCUCCUUGAGCAGCCCGAGGCCGACCUCGUUGUCAUCGGCGAGAAGUGCAAGGCCCAGUUAUCCCGUUCCAACGGAAAGAACAUGGUUCUCAGCUUCGCUGGUAUCGGAAAGGAUGUUCCUACCUUCGCCGACGCUUCCGCCAUCGCCGACCAGAUCUCGACUCUCCCGACCGACUACGCCUCCAUCAAGAUCAUCUACAACAAGUUCCUCAACGCUCAGAGCUACGAGGCUACCCCGAUCGAGGCUUACUCUGAGGAGGCCAUCCAGCAGUCGCCCAACUACGCUGCAUUCGAGAUCGACGACGAAGUUCUCGGUAACCUCCGCGAAUACGCUCUCGCCAACUCGCUCUACUGGGCUCUUGCCGAGGGUCACGCAUGCGAGCAGUCUGCCCGACGAAACGCUAUGGACAACGCCUCCAAGAACGCCGGUGACAUGAUCACCAAGUUCCAGAUUCUCUUCAACCGUACCCGUCAAGCCGUCAUUACUGGCGAACUUGUCGAGAUUAUUACUGGUGCGGCCGCUUCAGAGGACAGCUAG